CUUGUCUUCGUUUUCAUCUCCAUCCCUCUCCCUUACUCAACAGCUAUCUCCUCCUGCAAUGGCGCUUGCCAAACCUUGGACGACUGUGAUGACCAACUCAUCUGUAUCAACCAAAGAUGCAACGACGACCCCGAUGUUGGGACUCACAUAUGCAGCAGGGGAGAGUCAUCUUGUAUUACCUCAGGGACUCUGGUUUGCAAAGGGAAGUCAUACCCUAAAUACACUUGUUCACCGCCUGUAACAUCAGCCACCAAAGCCUUACUCACACUCAACGAUUUCAGCGAAGGUGGUGAUGGAGGAGGACCGUCAUAUUGUACUGGAAAAUUUCAUUCAAACAGUGAGAGGAUUGUGGCACUCUCUAGCUACUGGGUAUUUGAUAAUAAAUCGCGAUGUGGGAAGAUGAUAAGAAUCACAACAAGUAAUGGGAAGACUACGACCGCGAAAGUGGUGGACGAAUGUGAUUCUCGUGCUGGAUGUGAUAAGAUGCAUGCCGGUCAGAUGCCGUGCAGGAACAACAUCAUGGAUGGGUCUGUAGCUGUGUGGAAGGCUUUGGGACUUGAUACAAAUAAAGGUGUUUUUCCGGUGACCUGGGCCAUGGUAUAG